AUGUUGAUCGUUCAACUUGUGCACAUGACUGCCGACCAGGUCUCAAGCUUUGAAUUUGUUUCCAUUCCCCAAUUUUUUUGCGCCAUGACGCACAGCUUAUCGGAGAGUGAAAAUGCCUUGGUUGGCAUCACUGCUGGCAUCGUAGAUAUCAGUUGCAUCCAGUGGGCAUACUACUUGAAAAAUGCAAGGCAGCAAAGACUGCCUCUCACGUGGAAUCCACGAAUCUUGUACCGUGGAUAUGUGGCCAAUUGUGCAAAUGUUGCAGCCGGUACCAGCUUCCAAUUUGCGACAGCAGGGGCCUUGAAGAAGGUGGUUCUUUGUGGUGAGCAUCGUGAGCUGACAGACGCGGAGAAAGUGUGCACAGGAUUCCUUGCGGGCUUUGCAUCUGGUGUGAUGGCUACCCCACUUGAGCUGGUGAUGACCCAACAGCAGCUCAAGGGAGGUUCAGCUCUGCAGAAUGCAAGAAGCCUUCCGCCAUCAACGGUUUUGAGGGGAUGCUUUCCCACCUGCACCCGCGAGGGCCUUUUCACUGCAGCCUACCUUGGGGUUGCUCCAGUUCUCCGAGCCCAUUUGUCUUCAGCCUUCCCUGGAACAAAUGAGGAACUUCAUCGGAUGCUUGCUGCCCUAGCAGGUGCUGCUUGCUCAGGGAUCCUGUCACAUCCGUUUGAUACUGCAAAGACGUGCAUGCAGGGUGAUAUUGAGCGUAAGACGUACGGCAGCUUCGCACAGACCUGCCGAGAAAUCUACAGCUCCGGUGGCGGUUUUCGCGGAUUCUACCGGGGCCUCGAAUUCCGAUUCUUGCGACAAGUUUGGCAAGUCUGGGUUUUGGACUUGCUGCGGGUGAAAUUGUCACCACUUCUUUUCCCAUACAGAUUCAAGGCGGAUGCUAAUCUUUCUCUUGACUUUGCAAUUGCAUAG